AUGGGUGAUUGGCUGUUUGCAUUGUAUAAUGCUGAAGAGCAGCAGAAAAGAUCAAUUAACGUUGGGGAUUCCCCGGAGGUUCAUUUCCAGAAGCCACCAAAACCUAUCCCCCACCACCAGCCCCACCCGUCUCCCUUCCUCCCCUUCUCCAUCUUCCUCGACCUCCGCAACCCAGCGACCUCGCGGUGGUUCCUCGGCCCGCCCUCACCCUCCGCGACUCCCCCCCCCCCCGCCGCCUCCUCGAACUCCAGCAACCAGUUCGACGUCCACCUCGGCGGCCUCCUCUUCGGCGGCGCAACCAUCCAGAUCUUCCUCGAGGGCUCCUCCUUCCCCGGCGGAUUCAUCUCCUCGCCCGCCCCCGGCGUCGGCGGGGUCAGCCUCCUCGACUACUUCAUGGGAUCCGGCCUCAAGCAGCUCAUCCAGCAGCUCGCGGAGAACGACCGCAGCCGCUACGACACCCUGCCCACCGCCAAGGCUGCGGUUGCCGCCCUCCCUAAUGUCGCCGUCGAUGGGGGCGCCCAGCACGUCCUCCAAAAGGAUUGCAUCCUGCCAUGGCUUGACCUCCACAGCUCCUCCCUGUCUGCCGCCAUCUAUGUCCACCAGUGCCAGGCAGCUGCCGCUGCGGCGGCGGCACCUGUGGCCCCAGGUGGCGGCCCUUCGCCUAGGGUCAUGGUGAGGAGGUUCAGGAUCUCGCUGCCGUGGCCUCUCAGAGCCGCUUUUGGAGCUCAGCAGGCGGAGAGCAGCGACCAGGACGAUGCUGGCUAUGGCGACUACAAAAACGAUGGGAAUGCGAGCGGUCGCUCGUAUGAUGAUCUCGACUGA